CCAAAGCCGAUCUUCCACGUGGCAAAUAUCGAAAGGCUUUUCACGACUUCUGUCACUCCCAAAGGCCAAAGCCCAGUUGAAUUAGUCAACCCUUUAGUUAUAGCCAACAAAAAAGUGGUCCCACAUCUCCCAUGAAUAACCCCAACCCUACCUUCCUAAAUAUGCUCUUGCUACCCGUGUCUUCCCCGGGCACUCCGCCCUCCGCUACAUUCUUCAAUCACCUCCAGCUAACGGCAGAUCGAACCUAAAGCACAUUCUUUCCUUGCCCGCACAUUCGGGGCAGCUGCAAACACUCUCUUUCCAAACAACUUAAACUAUUUUCCACUUCCACACAUACCCACACGACCUUCAGGCCAAAGAAAAGUUAAAAAAAAAAAAAAAAAUCUUCAGAAAAUUUUUACGAUAUAUUACACCAAACACGCGCUUAAAACCUAAACGACCGUUGCUUCUGUUUUUUGUUCCUAAAACAUUGGCGGCGACAUGUUUAGACAGGACAAUCAGUAACAGAAAGCGGGUUUUGUUGACUUGUGUUCUUGUCUCCGAUUUCUUUCAGUGGUGGCUUUGGAUCUUGAACUCUAGGGCACGGAAUGUGGAAUCUGGCGCGAUUUGCAGGGUCGAGACUGAGCCGAUCAAGGCGGUUGUUCUCGACGGCGAUACCUGGUCCUUGUAUUGUUCACAAGCGUGGUGCUGAUAUUCUUCAUGAUCCGUGGUUCAAUAAGGAUACUGGGUUUCCUUUGACAGAAAGAGAUCGACUCGGGCUCCGUGGUCUCCUUCCGCCACGUGUGAUAUCAUUUGAGCAGCAAUAUGCUCGUUUCAUGGAAUCAUAUCACUCGUUGGAGAAAAAUACUAAGGGCCAACCAGAUGGUGUUGUUGCAUUAGCAAAAUGGAGGAUCUUAAAUAGACUGCAUGACAGGAAUGAAACACUAUAUUACAGAGUCCUUAUUGACAACAUCAAAGAUUUUGCUCCUAUAAUUUACACCCCGACUGUGGGACUAGUAUGCCAAAAUUACUCCGGGCUGUUUAGACGCCCACGUGGAAUGUAUUUCAGUGCAAAGGAUAAAGGAGAGAUGAUGUCUAUGAUAUAUAAUUGGCCAUCUGAAAAGGUUGAUAUGAUAGUCCUGACUGAUGGCAGUCGCAUUCUUGGCCUUGGUGACCUUGGAGUUCAGGGUAUUGGAAUACCAAUAGGAAAACUUGAUAUGUAUGUUGCUGCUGCUGGUAUCAACCCACAAAGGAUACUCCCAGUUAUGCUAGAUGUUGGUACUAACAAUCAAAAGCUGCUUGAAGAUCCGCUUUAUUUAGGACUAAGACAACCUAGGUUUGAAGGAGAAGAAUAUCUAUCAAUUGUUGAUGAGUUCAUGGAAGCAGUUUUCACACGUUGGCCUAAGGCUAUUGUACAGUUUGAGGAUUUUCAAAUGAAGUGGGCCUUUGAAACCCUGGAACGCUAUCGGAAAAGGUUUUGCAUGUUUAAUGAUGACAUACAGGGAACUGCUGGAGUUGCACUUGCUGGAUUGUUAGGAACUGUGAGAGCACAAGGUCGAUCAUUGGCUGACUUUCCUAACCAAAAGAUAGUUGUGGUGGGAGCUGGGAGUGCGGGGCUUGGUGUUCUUAGCAUGGCUGUGCAAGCUGUUGCGAAGAUGACUGGAAAAGGCAAAACAGCUGCACAGAAUUUUUUCCUACUUGAUAAAGAUGGUCUCAUCACUAAGGAGAGGAAGAGUCUUGAUCCAGCAGCAGCACCAUUUGCUAAAGAUCCAGGACAGAUAGUGGGACUUAGAGAGGGGGCUUCUCUUCUUGAAGUGGUUAAAAAGGUCAAGCCUGAUGUGCUUCUUGGUCUGUCUGGAGUUGGUGGUGUGUUCAAUGAAGAGGUGCUCAAGGCCUUGCGUGAAUCUGAGUCAAGCAAACCUGCUAUUUUCGCAAUGUCAAAUCCCACCAUGAAUGCUGAAUGCACUGCGGCUGAUGCUUUUAAGCAUGCUGGAGAAAACAUAGUCUUUGCCAGUGGAAGCCCUUUUGAAAAUGUCCUUCUUGGUAAUGGAAAAGUGGGCUAUGUAAAUCAAGCAAAUAAUAUGUACCUGUUCCCAGGGAUUGGUUUAGGAGCUUUGCUCUCAGGUGCUCGUUUUAUAACUGAUAGAAUGUGGCAGGCUGCUGCUGAAUGCCUUGCAUCUUAUAUGACUGACGAAGAAAUCCAAAAGGGCAUCCUGUAUCCUUCUAUCAAUAGCAUUCGACAUAUCACAGCUGAGGUUGGAGCAUCUGUUCUACGAGCUGCUGUCGCAGAGGAAUUGGCAGAAGGGCAUGGAGACGUUGGUCCCAAAGAUCUGGCGCACAUGUCAAAGGAGGAGACGGUGGGAUACGUAUCUAGAAACAUGUGGUUCCCUAUUUACAGCCCUCUUGUUCAUGAGAAGUAGGCUCUCAUUUUUUUUUUUUCACAAUUUGGAAUCGAAGGCUAUGUGUAUGUGGAUUGCGGCACCAAGUUCAGCAGCAGCCUGCGGGAAACAAAGCCUGUUCACUUUUUUCUUCUAGUCUUAAAAUUAACUUUUUACCAUUUUAUCUUUUUAAAAAAAUUUCACAUUAUUUAUUAAAAGUUCAAAACCAUUAAAACCUUCAUUUUAUGCUAAUUAUUAUCUAUAAUUUUUCUUUUCUUUUUUGGAU